AUGGACAUCUCGCCAUCAAAUGCAAAAGUGAAGUGGACCGAGCAAAGCUCUGUACAGAGUGUGGCCGCAAAGCUGCUGCCUGUGAGAAGGAAGCUCGCUGUAUCUGGUACAUCGAGAAAGACCGAACGAAGUACUGUGCCUAUAUUGCUGCUGGAAGGACUCCACUUUUACAACUGUUACGCUCCACCGAGCCUGACGUUGGACGAGUUGGACGGACUUCCUGCACAGACUGAUCAAGGACGCGAAGCCGCACUUUCCCGUGGCAAUUGCUGGGGACUUCAAUGCUUGGGCAGUCGACAGGAGCAGCAAAGAGACCAAAACAAGGCGGCAAACACUAUUAGAGGCCAUGUCUACACUGGACGUCGUCUUGCUAAUGUUGCUGAACCCACCUUUGUAAGAGGAGAGACCAGCUUAAUCGUAGAUCUCGAGUUUGUUAGCAGCAGCCUCGCAAGAGGAAAUUACUCCCGGGAGGUGAUAGACAUCUACACCACUAGUUAUCAUCGAGCAAUUUUUUGGGAGGUAUUCACUAGCCAAAGGAUCAGAUCAACACCUGAGAAGACCAACGAAAUCGGCUGGAAGGGGAGCACCUUCGAUCCUAGCUUAUUCGUAGCGGCACUAAAUGAUCACCCGAUCAGUGAUAGUAGUGCUACAGAGAAUGUCGAGCAUUUCAUGAGAAGAGUUGCCAAGGCCUGUGAUGCCUCCAUGCCCCGCAAACGCAGUGGAAACCGUCUGCCACCGGUGCACUGGUGGAACGAUGAGAUCGCUACUCUCCGCGAGGAGUGCGGCAAGGCGAGAAGGUCGUCGAAGCCUAGUCGGAAAAAGGGAAACCCCGAAAAACUGAAGACAAAAUAUAAAAAUGCACGUCGAAAGCUCAACAAAGCGAUCAAGUGCAGCAAGAGGCAAUGCUGGACUGAACUCUUCGACGAGGUCGAGGCUGAUGCGUGGGAUAGGCCGUAUAGGAUGGUCAUGACGUGGCUGACAAAACAGCCUAUGCCAUCACUGACAUGCCCCAAGUUCCUAGAAAAUAUCGUGGUGGUGUUGUUUCUUCAACAACCGGAGCUUCACCAGUUCACAGAGCAAUGUGCGGAAACAUCUAUUCCACCAAUUACACAGGAGCAACUGGAGGAAGCCUGCAGUAGAGUGGGGAACACCAUGGCUCCUGGUGUUGAUGGCAUCCCCAACAUUGCGCUGAAAGCAGCGAUCCGUGCAGCACCGGGACUGUUCCUGGACGUAUACAACGCAUGGCUGAGGGAGGGAACCUCCCCCGCCAAGUGGAAGCAGCAGAGAAGAAUAGAAGCAACAGUACAACCGCUGCUAGCUGAUAACCAAUAUGGCUUCCGGAGGGGUGGCUCUACCCUCGAUGGCAUUGACCUCGUCAUCAGCACCGCUAAGGAGGCGAUCUCUGCGACAAGAUUGGGAGAAGGUACGAAGAAGUCCUGUCUAGUGGCGACGCUUGACAUCAACAACGCUUUCAACUCAGCUAAAUGGGACUGCAUCAUGGAGGCUCUCGAGAGUAUGACCGUACGAGGAUAUCUGCAGAGGAUGGUAGAUAGCUACUUCACCGAGAGAGUUCUCGGCCCUGGCUCGGUGCUGGGUCCUCUUUUAUGGAACAUCAUGUAUGAUGGAUUGCUGAAGGUAGCCCUGCCAAGUGAGGCGAGACUGGUGGCAUUUGGGGAUGACCUAUUGUGGAGGAUACGUCAGUGGAUGGACUCAGUUAGUUUGCAUCUGGCGGAGUAUAAAACAGGAAGCGGUACUCAUCAGGAGCAGGAAAAAAUUGGAGACAAUCACACUGCAAGUCGACUGAAUUUCAAGCAGCAAGCAGAGCAUGUGAGCACUAAAGCGUCUGGAGUCAGAGCCAGCUUAUCACACAUCAUGCCCAACAUGGGAAGACCCAAGCAGAAAAGACGAGCUCUGUUGUCUCCGGUGGUCACGGUCACGUGUUCACGUCCGGUGGUGGACGUUUGGCUGAAUCGUAGUCACGGAGAGGUGAAUUACUACCUGACACAGAUGUUGUCAAGACCUGGGUGCUUCCGGGCUUAUGUUCACAAAUUUAAACAUGAGGAUUUCCUGGAGUGUCCGGCCUGCAUAGGAGUAAAUGAAGACGCCGAGCACGUGGCUUUCAGUUGCCCCCGCUUCAGCAUGAUUCGCGACACCUGCAAGUCUGCACUUGGAGGAACGACCCGGCUUGAUAAUUUGGUAGAAGCUAUGCUCUUUUCGAAGGCAGGCUGGGACGCAACGAGCAGCUACGUGGCAGAAGUCAUAAAGGAGCUCAGAAAUGAGGAUCGCAGGCGAAAGCUGCAGGAUAGACGCUAA